AUGAAGAGUUCAAGCAUCAAUAAUAUUCCGAUUAAUUUCUACUUCGAUGCAAGUGAAGUCAUGCCAAAUAAUCGAUCUGAUGAGCAGAGCUUCAAAAAUCCGAUUGCAAGACUCUAUGAAAACCGUUUCGAAAAUGAUAAUUAUGAAGGAGAAAGAUCGUUUUCGGAGUUAUCGUUUUAUACGGCAUCUGAGUUCGACGAACUUGUUCUAGUGGAGCAAGAUGAAGAAAUGAAAUCAUAUCAUACUGUCAAUUGUCAAAGUGAGAAAAAAGAAGUUGAUAAUCUUAUCCAAGAAAGAGAUGAGACGGAGCACGUGACUGAAAAUAAUAGUCAAGGAAACGUGGUUGCCAACGGGGAAGUGACAUGCUUAGCGGAAAUCGAUGAAAAACAGAAUCAAGAUGAGGCAAAUGUUCAACAGAUGGAUCAGAUGGCUCAUGUAAACCGGCGACCUCAGCAGAAGGACCAAAAUGAACGCGAAGAGAAAAAUCAGCAAGUAGACGACAAGAAACAUCAGCAGAGACAAAAUCAUGAAGAAAAUAAAGAGAAUGACGAUCCACAAAAAAGCAUUCACGUCGAAAUAGAAGGUAACGUUCUUCAACCACACCGAGAAUUUGGAAGAAGCUUCGAGGUCAACGAGAAUAGUUUGUAUAAUCGUUGGUGUAGCAAUAUGGAAAAUCGUAUUGUGCAACCUGAAAAUCAGGGAUGGGAAUUCGAUCAUGAGAAAACUUCGGCGACGAGCAUACUGAAUGCUUUGGAAUGCGCUUGCCAAUUCCCACAUCAGCUAUGGGAAAGCGAAAAACAGGGGCUAACGAAUUUCACUUUCCCAUUUGGGGAAACUUGGACGGAACAGGUGGACGAUGGUCUCGUGUUUUGCUAUCAAUAUCAACCAAAAGGCGAGGAUAUCUUCCCUCUGCGCAGUAAGAAUACAAGUACAGCAGCAACGACACAGCCAUUAGCGCAACCAGUGUUUUGGUCAUCAAAACAAGAAAACCUGACAGAACAAGCAAAGGAAAUCCCAGAUGCUGCCGAAAAAGGAGUUUCGUCGAGAGUAAUGGAAAGACAAUCGGAAGCUAUUCAACAAAGAAAUGAACCGUUGACAUAUAGCGCCGUUGCAAAGAAAAAUUUACCAUUGAAAUCUUAA